UGCAACAAGAAAUUUACGCAAAGUGGACAUCUCCGCACUCAUCUCGUAACACACACAGGAGAAAAGACGUUUGUCUGUACGGUGUGCAACAAGAAAUUUACGCAAAGUGGACAUCUCCGCACUCAUCUCCUAACACACACAGGAGAGAAGACGUUUGUCUGUACGGUGUGCAGCAAGAAAUUCACGAGAAGUGAUGAACUCCGCACACAUUUGCGCACGCACACUGGGGAGAAGCCGUUCGUGUGUUCAAUGUGUAGCAAGAAAUUUUCGACAAAUUGCAGUCUCCGCACACAUCUCCGAACCCACACAGGAGAAAAGCCUUUUGAGUGUACUCUGUGCAACAAGAAAUUUACGCAAAGUGGACAUCUCCGUACUCAUCUCCUAACACACACAGGAGAGAAGACGUUUGUCUGUACGGUGUGCAACAAGAAAUUCACGAGAAGUGAUGAACUCCGCACACAUUUGCGCACGCACACUGGCGAGAAGCCGUUCGCGUGUUCAAUGUGUAGCAAGAAAUUUUCGACAAAUAGCAGUCUCCGCACACAUCUCCGAACCCACACAGGAGAAAAGCCUUUUAAGUGCACUGUGUGCAGCAAGAAAUUUUUGCAAAUUGGAGGACUCCACACACAUCUCCGAUAUCACACAGGAGAAAAACCCUAUGAGUGUACUGUGUGCAAUAAGAAAUUUACGCAAAGUAGAUAUUUAAGCACACAUCUCCUAACACACACAGGAGAAAAGCCUUUUGAGUGUACUGUGUGCAAUAAGAAAUUUACACAAGGUCACCAUCUCCGCACACAUCUCUGCUUUCACACAGGAGAAAAAGCCGUUUGCCUGUACGGUGUGCAACAAGAAAUUCACGGAAAGAGUUAGUCUCCGUACACAUUUGCGAACUCACACAGGUGAAAAGCCAUUUGAGUGUACUGUGUGCAACAAUUUUUUUUCUCAAAGUUCAGGACUCCACGUACAUCUCCGAACCCACACAGGAGAAAAGCCGUUUGCCUGUACGGUGUGCAACAAGAACUUUGCGGGAAGUAGAGAGCUCCGCACACAUCUCCGAACCCACACAGGGGAAAAGCCCGUUGGCUGUACGGUGUGCAACAGGAACUUUGCGGAAACUGGACAUCUCUGCGCACACCUCCGAACGCACACUGGGGAGUAGCCGUUCCCGUGUUCAGUGUGCAACAAGAAAUUUGCGCGGAGCGGAAGCCCCCGCAGACAUCUCCGAACCCACACAGGAGAAUGAGGCUUUUUAGUGGACUGUGUGCAACAAGAAAUUUGCGAGAGCUGAUGAACUCUACCGUCAUCUCGUAACACCUCAGGAGAAAAUCCCUCAUGAGUGCACUGUGUGUAGCAAGAAAAUGUCGCAAAAUGGACUUCUUCGCAAACAUUUCGCCGUGGCCACACUGGACAAAAGCCUUUUGCCUUUUAAGGUUCCUGCAUGCAUGUGCACACAUGUGUGCAACUUGAUAGUUUCGCAUCGUGAAGCAAGUUAUAAAACAGAUUUUGCUCUUCAAGUUAGAACAAAUGUUUUAUGGAAUUAAAGAAUAAAUAUUUAAUGAAAAUUAAGAGCAUGUUUUCGAAAUUAAGUACAAGUUAUGCCUCUCUUUUCCAGCCUAACGCAUAAAUCUGGAAAGUAUUUAGUUUUUUUUCCUUGCGGACAGUGGGCAGUCUAAAUUCGAUAUUGUUCACGUUCACCCAAUAGCAUAUUAAAAGCAAACAUUUAAUUUUACAGUGGUCAAAAGACGUAUGAAUUUUAAAUUGAUCCGCACCUAGGCAGAAAUGACAUGUCGGAACGCCGUCUUUACGUCGUCGUUGGUCGAACCAGAGGGCCAAAAAUACGUCGAAACGAUACAUUUUUCAACGAGUCGAUGUCGAUUCGACACCAAGGAUCAAUACGACGUUUCUGACUGGAAAUGCUUGUACGUGUAGAAACUAAAAAUAAUAUUGUGGUUCAAUCUGUUUGAAGUCAAUGAACUGAUGUAUCAUCCGAAUUAAAAUGUUACCUCAUGUUUAUAAAGUUUGACCGUUUUAAUAAAUGUAUCAGUUGAAACAUAAACGUUUGUUAUUACCAGUGCAGUGUCAGACUCGGAACGUGUCGGAUUAGCUAAACAAUGAGUGCGCCGCUACCGCCGGCCGGGAGCAGUCUCCCCUCCUAGCCGCGCUGGAGAAAGCAUUAUUAUGUACAGCCACGGUCAAUUAGUCGGCUAUGAUCCGCAUGUAUACGACCAAUUGAGGCGGGGUAAGGGGCAUUGUGUGUCCUGGUGCUACUGCUGCAAGAGGUGCUGCUGCUGGUGCUGCUGCUGCGGGUUCAGCUUCUGCUAGUGCGGCUAGUGCUGCUGCUGCUGCUGCUGCUGCUGCUGCUGCUACAGGAGGAGGAGGUGCUACAGCUGGACAUGACCUGCCGCCUGCCGCCCGCCACGCGCCGCCACGAUGGUCUCCGCGGCCCCGCGGGGGGCGCGGCGUGCGGGGUAACGGGGCCCCUGCCGGGGCCUGACUGUCGAUGACCUGGGAGGUGCUCGCCCGCGGU